AAAUCCGGUGUAACUUUCGUUUCUCACAACCAGCUGCGGCGUUGUAGUCGAACGCGACAUAAACCUACCCAACGACGAAAGGCACUUCCUAUGUCCACCAGCCGUCCGUCGAGAAAUCGAAUUAGAAACUCUCGGGUCGAUCGUGCGGUACGCGUUCGUGUCGCGCCAAUAAAAUCCACGUAGAAUCAGUUAAAACAUUUAAAAGCAUUAAAGAAUCAUUGGAACGUAUCUUGUAUGUCGUGGCAGCAGUUUCGCGAACGUCCCUCUGUUGCAGAAAAGUGCCGAUGUGCUCGCUAAUGAAAUUCAAGAUGUCCCAAUCAACGCUCUUGUGUCCAAGAUUUCCUCAUUGUUAAAAAGAAGGGCGAGUUUGUCUGACAGUGAUAUUCGUAGAAAUUUUAGUGAAAAUCGUUGAAUGAAGUGGAUCAUAGCUGUGCGAUUAUAGAAAUAAUUGUUUUCAUUUGGAUCCUGCUUUUGUCCAAAGGGAAUUCUCUGCUAUUCCUCGGUCGGUUAUAUCGAGGGACUGUUUGUCUUCUUACUCUCUCGCUUGCCCUCUUUUACAUUCUUUAUCUUUUUCCUCUUUCCCCUCUUCUCAUCCCCUUUGAAUAUACCCCUCUUUACGUCCUUCCCUUCUCAGUCUCUCUCGUUCCUCUGCUACCAUUUCCUCCGACUACACAACGAGCACAAGGAAAGACCUUUCUCAUGUUUCUUUUUUUACUUGUUAAAUGAACCGUAACAGCGAAAAUAUCCUGGUCAUCCUGUUCCUCUGGUCUCUGAGUGUCAAAAGUAGUCAGUGGUACGGACGCAAUUUUUGUUGACCGAUUCUAUACGGUCUAUCUUUAUUCUCAAUGCGUGAACGCCAGCUCUAAUUCAUGAGUGUUGUCAAUGUACACGCAGGCUGACAUUAUCGCCGACUCGACCACCAAGUGUUUUUGAGGAUUCUCGUUGAUAUUUUAAACCAGCAUGAUGAAGAGCAGUGCACUGCCCAAGAAGGAAAGCAAAAUGCGAAUACGUGCUUUUCCGAUGACUAUGGAUGAAAAGUAUGUAGAGAACAUUUGGACUCUAUUAAAAAAUGCCAUACAAGAGAUUCAGAAGAAGAAUAACUCUGGCCUUAGCUUCGAAGAGUUGUAUCGCAAUGCAUACACCAUGGUUUUGCAUAAAUAUGGAGAACGACUUUACACAGGAUUAAAAGAAGUGGUAACACAACACCUGGAGAAUAAAGUUCGCGAGGAUGUCUUACGAUCCCUCCACAAUAAUUUCCUUCAAACUUUGAACCAAGCCUGGAACGAUCAUCAAACAUCAAUGGUGAUGAUCAGAGACAUUCUCAUGUACAUGGACCGCGUUUAUGUGCAACAGAAUGACGUGGACAAUGUAUAUAAUUUGGGACUUAUCAUAUUCCGAGACCAGGUCGUCAGGUACGGAUGUGUGCGAGAUCAUUUACGCGAGACACUUCUGGGUAUGGUGGCAAGAGAAAGAAGAGGCGAAGUAGUAGAUCGCAUUGCGAUAAAAAAUGCCUGCCAAAUGUUAAUGCUACUGGGAAUUAACAGUCGUCAAGUUUACGAAGAGGAUUUUGAGAGACCUUUCUUACAGCAGAGUGCCGAAUUUUAUAGAAUGGAGUCACAGAAAUUUCUCGCUGAGAACAGCGCAUCAGUGUAUAUAAAAAAAGUUGAGGCUAGAAUCAGCGAGGAAUCUGACAGAGCGAAACAUUACUUGGACGAAUCUACAGAGCCACGAAUAGUUGAGGUCGUCGAGGAGGAGCUUAUAAAAAUCCACAUGAAAACCAUAGUCGAGAUGGAGAACAGUGGAGUAGUGCACAUGCUCAAAAAUCAGAAAACCGAAGAUCUUGGGUGCAUGUAUAAGCUAUUCUCAAGAGUCACUGAUGGUUUACGUACGGUUUGCGACUGUGUCUCACAGUUCCUUAGGGAACAAGGUCGAGCUAUGGUACAGGAAGAGCACGAAUCAACUACGAAUGCAGUUCAUUUCGUCCAGAACUUAUUGGAUCUUAAGGAUCGUUUCGAUCACUUCCUCCAUUAUUCCUUUAACAAUGAUAAACUAUUUAAGCAGAUGAUUGCUUCCGACUUUGAACACUUUUUAAACCUAAAUGCGAAGAGCCCGGAAUAUCUGUCGCUGUUCAUCGAUGACAAACUGAAAAAGGGUGUCAAGGGGGUUAGUAAGAUGACAGAACAAGAGAUCGAAGGUGUUCUGGACAAAACGAUGGUACUUUUCAGAUUUUUACAAGAGAAAGACGUGUUCGAACGGUACUAUAAGCAGCACUUAGCUAAACGGCUACUUCUUAAUAAGUCUGUGUCCGAUGACAGCGAGAAGAAUAUGAUAUCCAAACUCAAGACCGAGUGUGGAUGCCAGUUUACCUCGAAAUUAGAAGGAAUGUUUAAAGACAUGACUGUGAGCAAUACUAUUAUGGAAGAAUUCAAGGAUCAUAUUAUUCCAUCUGGUUCAAGUCUGCAUGGAGUUGAUCUAAGCGUGAGGGUGCUAACCACCGGUUUCUGGCCAACCCAAUCUGCUACACCCAAGUGCAGCAUGCCCUCAGCUCCACGCAAUGCCUUCGAAGCUUUUCGACGGUUCUACCUUGCCAAACAUAGUGGUCGUCAGUUGACCCUGCAACCACAGUUGGGUUCCGCGGAUCUCAAUGCUGUGUUCCAUGGACCUCGUAGGGAAGAGGGCAGCGUCGGAGGUUUGGAUACACCAUGCUCAUCAAGUUCCAUGGGUGGUAAUGGAAGCGGUAAUCUUAGUGGUAGUAGUAGUCUCAUGAGCCAGCGAUCAAACGGCAGCGGAAAUGCAAGGAAGCAUAUUAUUCAAGUAUCGACAUACCAGAUGUGUGUUCUCAUGCUUUUCAAUAACAGGGAUCGCUGGACAUAUGAGGAAAUCCAAAGUGAAACGGAUAUUCCUGAAAGAGAUCUGGUUAGAGCAUUGCAAUCUCUUGCAAUGGGUAAGGCAACUCAACGUGUUCUUCUGAAACAUCCACGAACUAAGGAAAUCGAACCCUCGCACUGUUUCUCUGUGAAUGACAGUUUCACCAGCAAAUUGCACAGAGUGAAGAUCCAGACGGUAGCUGCUAAAGGCGAGUCCGAACCCGAGAGGAGAGAAACUCGAAAUAAGGUCGACGAGGAUCGAAAGCACGAAAUCGAAGCUGCAAUAGUGCGCAUCAUGAAAGCUCGUAAACGAAUGGCUCACAACAUUCUUGUCACGGAAGUGACGGAGCAGCUACGAAUCCGGUUCCUACCUUCACCCGUUAUUAUUAAAAAGCGCAUCGAAGGCUUAAUCGAACGCGAAUACUUGGCACGAACUCCUGAAGAUAGAAAGGUGUAUACGUACGUCGCUUGAAUGCGUUCCCCAAAAUAUCUUCAGAUAUGUACAAACGUAAUCUGCCAGGCUUGGAUCGUAAUAAUCCUAGCUCGCGUAUAGAAUUACGAUAAGGUCUCUGAUUUUACAUCACUACUGUCGAUAAAUUUAAUUAUAACAGAUUUAAAUUAUUCCAAAUGUAAUAGCAAAUAUAUACUUUUUACAUAUUACUACCCCUAGCCCUCCAGACCCAUCCCUAGAGCGACUUUUCCAAACAUUUCCUCGUUCUACCCUCCCCCCAACCACACCCCACUCACCCAAAAUAUCUCUCAAGAUGCAACAUUACUUUUACGAAAACAACUCAAUUCUUUUCUUGAGAGAUAUAGAGAGCGUGAUGACGCCAAUGUAAAUGCUAAGGCGUAUGAAAAAAAAAGAAAGAAAUUGGAUGAAAAAAGAAGUGAAAAAAAGAAGCGAAUUAAACGUUUGUCUGAAGGGCGCAUGCCUGGAAUUUAUUUAAACUAU